AUGUGUUUCGGUGCAACGUGCUCGACCUGCUCAAAGAAGUCGUGGCGGGGCUGCGGCUCGCACGUCCCUGCGGCUCUCGCGGGCGUGCCGGAGGAUAAGUGGUGCACCUGCGGGCCGCGAGUCACGAUCGAGGGGAAACAAUACCCUCCAGCGGCGAAGAUGAGCAUGCCCGGGUUGUCAUGGCUGACAAGCAUGUUCGGCGGCGGUGGCGGAAGCGUUGCACGCCGGUCCUCCCGUCCGGCGCCGUAUCUGUUUAUCUACCUAUAUUCCAACCGUUCGUCCGAUAUGCUACUACUCAACCCCCUCGUUCUCGGCGGCGUCUGCGCGGUGCUGGCCCUCCUGUACGUGUGGCGAUGCGUGACCUCUCCGUUGAGGGUGCUGCCGGGGCCGACCGUCUCGCUGUUCAGCUCGUGGAUGCUCAAGUACCACGAGCUGCGCGCGCACCGCACGCAGUACGUGCACGGCCUGCACCUGAGGUACGGGCCGGUCGUGCGCAUCGCGCCUAACGAGGUGUCGUUCGCGUCCGCUGAGGGCAUCAAGGAAAUCUACGGCUCCGGUGGCAGCGGCUACGACAAGACCGAGUUCUACGAUCUGUUCAAGAUCUACGGCAGGAGGACCACGUUCACCACCUUAAACAAAGAGGAUCAUGCAAGGAGGAAGAGGAUCAUCGCCGAUCGAUAUGCCAACUCGAAUAUCUUAAAGCCGGAGUCUCUCGGCGGGAUCAAGGAGCGGUCGAAACGGUUCAUCGAAAGAUGCUCCAAGUCGGUCGGUGGGAGCAUCGAUAUCUUUGUAACUCUCGACGAUAGUCUCCAGAAUCGCCUCAUCCAGCACUACAGCCCAGUGCUGCACGGGGUAAUAGGCAGCGUGCUCUCGCUGUUCUCGAAGCCGCGGCAGACGCCGCUAGCCGACGACCUCGUGCUAUCGGCGAGCGCGAAGGCAAGCGCGGCGCCGUUCACGCUGCUGAGCCGGCUACAGUCGGCGGGGGUAGGCGCAGGGGGGCUUGCGCAUCUCGACGUCGCCGCCGAGUGCCUCGAUCACAUGGCGGCGGGGAUAGACACGACGGGCGAUGCGCUGUGCUUCCUCAUGUGGGAGCUGUCGCAGCCGCGGUCGCGCGCGGUUCAGCAGCGGUUGCAGGCGGAGCUGCGUGCCGGCGCCGAGCUCGCCCUCGACCGCCUCCCCUUCCUCGACGCCGUCGUCUGCGAGGGCCUGCGCUGCUUCCCCGCCAUCCCCAUGUCCCUCCCGCGCCGCGUCCCUGCCGGCGGCCGCGCGAUCGACGGCCGCUUCGUCCCCGCCGGCGCCGUCGUCAGCUGCCAGGCCUACUCCGCCCACCGUAUCGACGCCGCCGUCUUCCCCGACCCCGACGCGUUCGACCCUGACCGCUGGCUCCGCGAGCCCGGCGACCUCGACAGGAAGCGCCUCUUCUUCGCGUUUGCGAGCGGCGGCAGGGGUUGCAUUGGUAAGCAUCUGGCGCUCGCCGAGAUGAAGGUUCUGCUGAGGGAUGUCUACUCGAGAUUUACUACGCUGCCUGAUCCAUCCAUGACCGCCAGGGAUAUGGAGAUGGCCGAUCAGCUCAUUUCGUCACAGCCCAGGGGUAGGAAGUGCCUACUGAGGCUUAUCCCGUUGGAUCAGGGUCCCGAAGGAGGCGUUGAAGAUCGUCCGGGAUGCUGA